AUGUUGCUUAAAUUGUUCGUAUUGAUUCUUGUUUCUUCAAAUACUAAUGGGGCUAGAAUUUUGUGCGUGAUGCCUCAACCAUUUUAUAGCCACCAAACGACAUUUCAACCUAUAUGGAAAGAACUCUCCUUAAGAGGUCAUAACGUGACAACAAUCGUAACGGAUGGAAUCAGCGAUGAAACUUUGACGAACCUAACAGAGAUCGUCAUUGGAGAAUCAUAUGAUUCAUUGCAACGUCACAAUUUCCUAGACAAGCAUCUAGUCUUAGAGCAGGGUUUUUUUGAAAUUAUGAAAGAAAUUGAAUAUUUCAUUAAAGAUCUGUACGAUGUGAACUUUGGCGAUCCAAGAGUCAAAUCACUGAUGAACGAUCCAAAUGCCAAAUUUGACCUGGUGAUUUUUGAAGCUGCCACUUAUCCUCUGGUGUAUGCUUGGAGAUUCAACUGUCCUUCUAUUGGUGUUAUUUCAAUGCAGGCUCCAAUGCCUUACAACUACGCCAUGGGCAAUCCUAACCACCCUCUCAUGAACCCAGAUUUCCUACUGGAAAUAGACGAUAUAGGCAAUAUGACGUACAUGGAAAAAAUUACAAGCAUAAUCAGUUAUAUAGUAUGUCAUGUUUUAUGUUAUAACAUUUUUUCUUUGUAUGAUGAGAUUCAUAGAAAGCAUUUUGGUGAUGGUAUACCGAAGACAGGUGAACUUAUAAAGAAUAUCGAUAUGUUUUUUGAGGUUGACAAUCCUAUAUUUCAAGAAACCAAGCCAGUUUACCCACACACCAUAUCUAUAGGAAGCGGGUUACAUAUUAAGCCCACAAAAGCCUUACCAGAGGAUCUUCAAGAAUAUUUAGAUGUAGCCAAGGAACCUGUAGUGUACUUUAGUCUAGGAACAAUCGUUAAUGCAAAUUUACUAAACCAAACAGAUAAAGUAGCUAUUUAUGAAGCAUUUUCUGAGCUACCUUACAAAUUUCUCGUCAAAGCAGAUUGGGAGUGUGUGACGGUACCAGAAAAUGUUAAAGUUGCCAAAUGGUUACCGCAACAGGACAUACUAAGACACCCUAGUAUAAAACUUUUUAUCACGCAAGGAGGUCUUCAAUCGUUGCAGGAAGCUGUAUCAAAUGGCAUACCUCUAGUGGGAAUACCAUUUUUUUGUGACCAAUACCAAAACGUCCAGAAAAUCGUUAAAAGGGGCUUUGCCGUCAAAAUUUCCAGGCACCAAAUCACCAAAGAAGCAGUCAAGAAUGCUAUAACCGAAGUAUUAAAUAAUCCAAAAUAUAAAGAAAAAGUAGAGGAGAUGCGUGAUUUGAUGUACGACGAGCCAAUGACAAGCUUGGACAAAGCGAUCUGGUGGAUUGAGUACGUACUUAGGCACAAGGGGGCUCCACUGUUCAAAAGUAAAGCGACCAAAAUGCCAAUGUACGAAUAUUUGAUGUUGGAUGUAAUUGCAGCUGUUUUACUAUUUUCAAUAAUUUGUUCUUUUUGUAUUUGGAUGUUAAUUCAACUUGUAUUCAGGAUGGUUAAAUUUAUGUUAUUUGGGAAAAAAGUGGUGAAAAUAAAGAAAAAUUAA